AUGUCGAUAGAACUCAACUGGGAAACGCUCACAAGCGGCCCGGACGGAGAGGCGCUGGCAGAGAGCAUCCGCGGCUUCAUCCACGACAAGUUCCAGAGCGUGCCUCUGCCGCGCUUCAUCAAGUCGGUGACGGUGCACGGCUUCGACUUUGGCAGCAUCGCGCCGGAGCUGGAGCUCAAGGACAUUGCCGACCCGCUGCCCGACUUUUACGAGCAACCGCUGGAGGAUGACGAGAGCGAUGAAGACGAGGAGGAGGAGGAAGAGGCGGACGAGCAGCUGCACCAGCACCACCCCUACCCCCACCAUCACCAUGCAGCCUCUCGGGGGCAGGCGCCGCCGGGAAGGAGCAAUCGACCUUCGGACCUGAAGACGGCCAUCCGCAACGAGUUCUCGCAUCACCACCACGACUUGACAAGCCCGUUCAUGGGCACGUCCACGCCGGGCUUGCUCGGCGGCCCGGGGCUGAGCUACCACCUCCACGGCCACCUCGGCACGGGCACGCAGACGCCGCUGGCCGCCGUCGCGGGUGCGCACCUCGGGAGCAGCUGGCUCGGGCACGGCUACGACUCCGCGUCGGCGGCAGAGGCCACAGCAGCGGAGGCGGCUGGUGUUCGCAUGCCGGAGCCGAGCCACAGCCGGAACCCCUCCCAGAGCAGCAUCCUCUCCGUGGACAACUUGGGCUUUCUGCCACCGCCGCAGCCAGCAGCGUUGCAGGCUCUUUCAAGCCGCGGGCUCCGGGAAAAGUCGAGCGUCUCGACGCUGGCCCCGACCUCGAUCGGCACGUCGCGCCCGCCGACGCGGGACGCGCACGCAGACUCGGCCAUCAUCGACUCGGACUAUGACGACGCCAACGACGGCGGCGGUGGUAGAGCCGACGACGAUGAUGCUGCCCGGACGGCGCCGCUGCCGCCGCGGCGACGCGAGCCGCGCGUGGAGGAUGUGCAGGCCGUCUUCCGCAUCCGGUACGCGGGCGACGUCCGGCUGAACCUGACGGCCGAGAUCCUGCUCGACUACCCGAUGCCGAGCUUCGUGGGCAUCCCGCUCAAGCUCAACAUCACGGGCCUGUCGUUUGACGGUGUCGGCGUGCUGGCGCACAUACGGAAGCGCGUGCACUUUUGCUUCCUGAGCCCAGACGACGCGCUGACGGCCGUGGGAGGGCCCGAAGACGGCGGCGGCGGUAGUCGGCCGGGCUCCAUGAGGAGUGGUGCGGCAGCGGAAAUGGAAGCGGAGGGCGGUGCCGGUCGGGGCGGUGGUGGUGGUGGCGGCGGGAGUACGCGCUUCGGCGGCCUGCUGCAGGAGAUUCGCGUCGAGAGCGAGAUUGGAGGGCGGGAGGGCGGCAAGCAGAGCCUCAAGAACGUGGGAAAGGUGGAAAAGUUUGUCCUGGAGCAGGUGCGCAGGAUAUUCGAGGAGGAGUUUGUAUACCCGAGCUUCUGGACGUUUUUGGUGUAA